UACAAUGUCCGAUAACGUUCCACUGCGCGAUCAAGAGUCUUGCGUCGAUGACGAUUACUACAUGAUAGAUGUUCUCAGUUAUGUGCGAUCGGCGACAAAUGGCGAAACAGGAUCGCUGCAUCAAUUGGUCAUGUACGUCACAAAGGCCUUGGAGAAUUCUGGCCGCCUAGAUAUUCUUCGAGAGAAGCAACGUGAUCAAAACAUAAUGAAGAUAUACUCAAAGAUUUUCCGAUGGAAGAAGAUACAAGGGGAAAACAUUAAAGCACAGUUAUUCUUGGGGGACUUUCACGCUGACGGAGAGAUUGAAAGAAAGAAGGUCGAUCACAUGAAAAUGGCAGAGAAUGUCGUCAUCACCAUGCCAGUCAGUGACGCCUCCAAAAUGAAUGUGAAAGGAAAAUUACUUAAUGAAGUUGGAGAGAUGAUCUUGGAGAUAGAAGAGAUGACCGUGAAUCUUUUUAAGUUUCAAGGCGGUGAAACACGAGUUGGGAUAGAGCACGAGUAUAGAGGCAACGAGCCAGUUGAACAAGAUGUAGCCUCAUGAAGCCAAGUCUAACUAGCCUAUAGUAAGUUUUUUUUUUCUUUAGUAGGGGAGGUUUGCCUAAGUAAAGGAUAUUACUUCAUUUCGUAUGAGGGAACUUCCUCUAAUAUAGGAAUCAAAAUCUUUUUGUCUAGCUUGAUAUUCCUUUUUACACGCUAGAAGCCAUAUUUAGCAUUAUUUUAGCCCUAAUUACUACUUCCAACUUUUUUGCUUGCGCUUUUGGAGGGCAGGACCUGAACCCUACAGAGAUCUAAAUUUACAGGUUUGAGGUGAAAGUGCUGAGUUUAGCUUGCUAAACAUAUAGGUACCUCUAUCAGGUUUUUUUGUUUUAUAUAAUCAGCUUUGCUUUAGGGAAAGAAUGGGAAAAUCAUUGAGAUUCAGCCCCACCCAUUCUCAUCUAAUAUGGAAAGUUGAAUUCGCACUUGUAAAGGUUUUCUCUUACAAUUUGUCGAGAAGAUAAGUCGGUUUGCUUUUAGUGAUUUUUUUCUAGCUUUUUGUUAUUCGUAGAGCUAAAACUGAGCUGUCGUAAGGACGAGAGUAAAACAAUAGAUAUUGACUGUAAGAAUAUAUAUGGACUGACUAGGUAAGUUAAAAUUUUGAGCGACAGGGGGGUUUUACAAGAUAAUUUGGUUAUAUCAGCUGAGUUGAUUACGUAAAUUGGCCACCGUAAAGAGUUUCUACAGCUGACGUUUCGAGCGUUAGCCCUUCGUUAGGGCAAAAAACUUAAAAUGAAUAUCUUGCGUUUGGAUUUGGUAAAUCUGGCAGACUAGAUGAAAGCCUUUGCCUACCAUUUCCAAAUGGUCAAUCAAACAUGUACUUUAAGAUGAAUGCUAAGCAAAGAAAGUGCUUGAACCUCCCAAAAAUGUUUCGCAAACCAAGAGCAUCAAAAAAAAACCUUUAAACAUUUUGUGCUGAGGGAAAUAAAAAUGCUACGGCAUUAAUUGGUUAUGUGGCCCUAUGCGAUUGAAAUUGAUCACAAAUGGAUUUGUAAUAUAUUUUAACUAGUGGAUGAUGACGCAUUUGUUGUCACUGGUAAACUGAACUGAAUUUGAUGCCUCAUCCGAUAAAGGCGCCUGUAAGAAAUUAGGCUUGAGCUGUGCUUGUACGCUAACAGAUACCGGUUGUAUCCUUUUCACAAAUAUGCCACGAAGCAGCAUGAUAGGAGCAGAAUAAUAAUGCGUCAGAAGAAAAAUACAAACACACUAACAAACAAAAAACAAGCAA